CAGAAAGGACCUAAGACAAAAGUUACUAGAAUUGCAGGAGGCUUGUCUUCUGGUGGCUCUGGGCUCGGAAAACUUUCUUCUGGGACCUGCUUCUCCAGAGGGUUCUAAAUUGGCCUUUCUAGCACCAGCAAGAAGAAGAGGGUGGCUGAAGUCCCCAGGGAAAGCCAGAAGACAGAUACUGCAAAGGGUCUGUUCCCUCCCUGGGGAAGCCUGGUCUUGCUCAGUGUCUGCAGCCACCAAUAGCAGUCGAGAGAGAUGGACGAUUGUGGAUGAACCCACUGAGGUAACAGUUAUUUACUGAGCACCUACUAUGUGCCAGGCAACCCGGCCUGGCAGACAAGAUCCUUGCCCCGUGCAACUCACGUUCUUGCAGGAGAGACAGUGUACAUCAUGUAGAAUCAUGUGAUAUGGAUGCAGAGAGGGAGGCCCUGCAGUCUGCCGCCUGCCCACAAGUGCAGACCUUCUGCCAAAAGCACGGCCUGACAUUCGAGGUUGUUGAUCUGAGGUGGGGAAUUCAGAACACGGAGGCCACUGACCACAUGACCACCGAAAUCUGCUUGGAAGAGCUGGACCGGUGUCGCAAGACGUCCAUCGGGCCAGCUUUUGUUGCCCUUGUAGGUGACCAGUAUGGCCCCUGUCCAGUGCCCUCAGUGAUCGAGGAGAAGGAGUGGGAGGCACUGAGGGCCCAGCUGACCACCAGGCCACGUGACCUGGAGCUGGUGGCACGACGCUUCCGGAGAGACGAGAACUCAGUUCCUCCUACCUACGUCCUGCAGGCGACAGGUGGCAGAGAGGCUCCUGGGCCUGAGGAGGCCACUCUGACCUCUGUCCUUCGCUCUGGAGCUCAGGAGGCCUGGAGGCGGGGCCUCAUCAGCCAGGAGCAGUGGCACCGCCACCACCGGUCAGUCAUCGAGUGGGAGAUGGAGCGGGGCCUGCUGGGCUCAGCGGCCGGGGAGCAGGGCGCCACUGUCUUCCUUCGAGAGAUCCAGGACCUCAACAAGCACAUCCUGGAGGACGGCACCCUCAAGAUGGUGGACCGGCUCGCAGACGGCUGCCUGGAUACUGACGCCCAGAACCUUCUGAGGGACCUCAAGGGGCGCAUCACUGACACACACCCCGGGGUCCUCAAGACCCACCGCCUGCCGUGGAGCCGAGACCUGGUGAACCCCAAGAACAAGGCUCACGCCCGCUACCUCCGGGAGCUGGGAGAGCAGUUUGUGGCCAGGGCUGACCACCAGGUCCUCGAGCAUCUCCGGGAGCUGCAGCUGGCCAGGCAGGACCUGGCCUGGCUCUACCAGGAGAUCCGCCACCACCUCUGGCAGAGCGCAGAGGCCACCGGGACCUUCUGUGGCCGCCGGGAGCUGCUGGCUCAGCUCGGGCAGCGGCUCAGACGAGACGACAGCCAGCCCCACGGCCCCGUGGUCCUCUUCGGCCCCCCGGGCGUCGGGAAGUCUGCCCUGAUGUGCAAGUUGGCUGAGCAGAUGCCCGGGCUGCUCGGCCCCAAGACGGUGACGGUCCUGCGGCUGCUGGGGACGUCGCAGAUGAGCUCUGACGCCCGCAGCCUCCUGAAGAGCCUCUGCUUCCAAGUGUGCCUGGCCUUCGGGCUGCCCCCGCCGCCCCCCCAGGUCCUGGAGGCCCAGGCCAGGGUGGCCCAGCUCCUGCGCGGCCUCCUCCACACCGUCUCCCGCAGGAACUUCGAGUCCCUGGUGCUGCUGCUGGACUCCGUGGACGACCUGGACUCUGUCCGAGGCUCCCGGAGGAUCCCCUGGCUGCCUCUCAGGUGUCCCCCGAAGGUGCACCUCAUCCUCUCAGCUUGCUCGGGGCAGCGGGGGGCUCUGGACACCGUGCGGCGGACGGUCUCGGACCCCGAGGCCUACUGGGAGGUGAGGCCCCUCUCUGGGAACCAAGGACAAGAAAUGAUCCAGCUCCUGUUGGUGGCAGCAAGGAGGACCCUGAGCCCCACGCAGCGGGACCUGCUCUGGGCCAGCCUUCCAGACUGCGGUCACCCAGGGCGGCUGAGGCUGGCUUUUGAGGAGGCCCGGAAAUGGGCCUCCUUCACCGUGCCCGCGCCCUUGGCCUCCACCGCCGAGGAGGCGACACACCAGCUCUGUGCCCGCCUGGAGCAGACGCACGGGCAGCUCCUGGUGGCCCACGUGCUGGGUUACAUCGUGUCUUCCCGGCACGGUCUCUCGGAGGCAGAGCUGAAAGACGUCUUGUCCUUGGACGACGAGGUGCUGCAGGUGGUGUACCGGGACUGGACCCCCCCCAGCAAGGAGCUGCUGCGCUUCCCGCCCCUGCUGUGGGUGCGGCUUCGUCGGGACCUGGGCCACUGCCUGGCCUGGAGACCCGCGGACGGCCUCACGCUCCUGGCCAUCGCCCACAGACAGCUGGCUGAGGUGGUCUGGGUGCGCUACCUGUCUGGGCCUGAGAAAGCCAAGAGGCACCGCGUCCUGGCCGACUUCUUCUCAGGGGCCUGGAGCCAGGGCACCAAGAAGCUCAUCAGCCUGCCGCUUGUGGGGAAGCCCCUGAACCUGGACCGCAAGGUGGCCCCGCAGCCCCUGUGGUUCUCGGACAUGGUGGCAAACCAGCGGAAGCUGAAGGAGCUGCCCCACCACCUGCUGCACUCGGGGCGCCUGGAGGAGCUGAAGCAGGAGGUGCUGGGUAGCAUGAGCUGGAUCUGCUGCCGCGGCAUCUCUGGGGGCAUCGAGAGCCUGCUGGAUGACUUUGACAUGUGUGCCCCUCACGUGGACUCCCCCGAGGUCGGCCUGGUCCGAGAGGCCCUCCAGCUCUGCCGCCCUGCCCUGGAGCUGCGAGGCUUGGACGGGAGCGUCCUGUAUACCGAACUCCUGGCCAGACUCCACUUCUUCGCCGCGUCCCACCCCGCGCUCGUGGGGCAGCUGUGCCAGCAGGCCCAGAGCUGGUUCCGAGUGUGCCCGCAUCCUGUGCUGGUGCCCCUUGCAGGAUUCCUCCAGCCCCCCGGGGGACCCCUGCGGGCAGCCCUCACGGGCUGUCACAAAGGUAUCACCGCCAUGGCGUGGAGCCUGGAAGAGAAAUUGUUGGUGGUCGGCACCCAGGAUGGCCUCGUGGCUGUGUGGGACAUGGAGGAGCAGCAGGUGGUCCACAUUCUAACAGGACACACGGGAGAGGUGAGGUGUGUUAAAGUUUUUGCAGAAGGGAUUCUUGCCAUCUCUGCCUCUAAGGACCACACUCUGCGCGUGUGGAACUUACUUUCUGGCCAGGAGAAAUUUUCCAUUUGGGAUGGAGGCUCAAAAAAUUCCACUGAACCCCAGAUCUGGAACCUUCAUGUGGAUGAAACAAAUAAAAUCAUGUAUUCAACCUCUGGCUCCAAGAUCAAUGCUUGGAAUUUAGAAACGGCGGAGCUGGUUUUCCGCAUCCUGGGAGACGGUGCAGAUCCCUGGGUGAGCACGGCCGUGCUGCCUUCCCAGACCAGGCUGCUGACCGUGUCCAGGGGCGGCGAGGUCACUCUGUGGAACUCGGCCACAGGGAGCCUGCAGGGAAAGCACCGUUUGUCCAGCAUCAAAGAGGAGGCCCCCACCUGUGCCGUCUCGGUCCAGACGCAAGGCAAGGUGGUCACUGGGUUCAGCGACGGCUCCGUCUCUUUGGUUUCCCCUGGAGGAGACAGGUUGCUGGAGAAGCUUCCAGAAGCUGUGGGAUUCCUGGUGGUCUCUGAAGACGAGUCCCUUCUUGCUGCAGGCUUUGGAAGAUCCGUGCGAAUAUUCUUGGCCGACUCACAGGGCUUUCACCGUUUCAUGGCCAACGACUUGGAACACGAGGACGUGGUAGAGACAGCUGUUUUUGGAGCUGAGAACAACCGGAUUGUCACUGGGUCCCGGGAUGCACUCAUUCAGGUGUGGAGUCUGUCAGAGCAGGGGACCCUGCUGGACGUCCUGGAAGGUGUGGGAGCCCCUGCGAGUCUGCUGGUCCGCGGAGGGGCCCUGGUGGCCUCCGCCUCCCAGCAGUCCUCAUCCUUCAAAGUCUGGGACCUCACCUGCACGCAGAGGCCCCGGGCCUCGGCUCCCUUCCUGGACCGCACGGGGCUCACUGCAGUGUCCCACAACGGAAGCUACAUCUACUUCCCCCAAAUCGGGGACAAAAACAAAGUCACCAUUUGGGACGUGGCAGAAGGUGAGGAGCAAGAUUCCCUGGACACGUCCAACGAGGUCAAGUGUCUGGAGGUCGCCGAGCAAGCCCAGCUGCUGUUCACGGGCCUUGUUUCCGGAAUUGUCCUUGUGUUCCCCCUGAAUUCCCGGCAGGACGUGAUGUGCAUCCCCCCUCCAGAGGCCCGCAAGGCCAUCAACUGCAUGUCCUUGAGCAAGAACGAGGACCGUCUGGCCAUUGCCUAUGACAACAUUGUCCUGGUGCUGGACAUCAGCCCUGGAGACCCCUGUCCCGUCAUCGAUGGGCCAACAUACACCUUUUAUACCCAGCUGCCUGAGACCAUAGCCUGUGUGGCCGUUUUGACUGAUUACCGUGUGGUCUACGGCAUGACCAAUGGCGACCUGUUUCUGUACGAGUGUGCAAAUUCCAAGGUGUUCCCUUUGGAGGCCCACAGGAGCCGAGUCACCUGCGUGGAGGUCAGCCACCAGGAACAGCUGGCAGUCAGCGGGUCUGAGGAAGCCUUGCUGUGUCUCUGGGAACUGGAGGCCUGCAAGUGGAAAUUCAAGAUGAGCUACACGAGUUCCUUCUGCAGAGGAGUCCAGUGCGCUUGCUUCUCCAAGGAUGACAAGUUUGUGUACGUGGGCUUGAAGGACCGCUCCAUAAUUGUCUGGAGCGUGCUGGAUGGCACCCUGCUGGCUGUCCAGUUUGUCCAUGCAGUGGUAAACAGAAUCAUCCCCACCUCCAAUGGCUUUAUUGCUCCCACGAGACAUGGCUAUCUCAUCCGAGAGCGUUUCCACUGUCCUUCAUCAAGAGCCUCACAGGAGGAUCCCCUCAAGAACUUCAAGAAGGCAGUGUGGAUGGUCAAGUCCAGGCAGAGAGAAGAGCUGGCUGCAGCUGCAGAAACACCCCAGGGCUUGACAUCCCAGUCAGCCCAGGGAAACAAAUCCAGAUCAAACAAACAUUCACAAGUCUGCCUGUUGGUGUGAAACCCCCCCAUGGAGCGUGAGGUUCCAAUGAGUUGGCUCCACCUAAUCUGGUUGAAGCAAAAAACGCAUUUGCUGCUGUACCUGUGGACCCAAGGCCUCCGAUUAUGAGACCAGGCCUCGCCUUUUCCAUCUUUACAUCCUUCUUUCCUCCUUCUUUGGUUCCAGCCUCAUACCUGCCACCCGCAGGUUAGCAACAAACACUCUGCCUUCUCAAGUUCAGUAGAAAAGACAACUCCCCUGUCCCUGGAGUUUGCACCUAAGUCCUAGCCCUGGCUGUAUAGGCUUCAAUUGGCUCAACACUCCUCCUUGAACCAAUCACGAGCUCCGGGAGAAUGCAGUGCUCUGAUUGGCUGGCUUGAACUGAACAGAGCUGAGGGUGGAGAGAAUGGCCACUCAACAAUGUUGACUGAGAAUGGAAGACGGUAUUCCUGGGAGGGAAACUGGGAUGCUAGGACCAGGUAAAGGAGGGAUGGACGAAUGUGAGACUGACGUGGACCACAGAGCUUUACAGUCCAUGCAGCAACAGAGGCUGUCGUCUGAUCCUCAUCACAGUUGAUAGGGAGGGCAGGAACUGCUGUCUCUCUUUUACAAGUGAGGAAACUGAGCCUUGCAGAGGUAACUAUGGUUUGCUUCAAGUCACAAGCCCGUUGUACAAAAGCUCUGAGAAAUGAGAUUCAGGAGCCUUCCUUCCCAGUCUUGUUGGACUACAUCUCCUGCUUUAGUCUUGGAAGCAUCAUGUAUCUCCUCCAUGGGGCACCCUCAAAUGCCCACGAGGGCUGGUCAGUGAUGGUUCCCACACACCUGAGUGUACAUCAGGGAACAACAGCCUGGGAACAUGGAGAUACACAUCCUUUCACAGGUGGGCAUGAGCACCCCGACUGUAGCCCAGAAUGGCCAUGGCAAAAGCAGCCCCCCCCCCCGCCGUUGUUAGAUCUUCUUUUCUGAAAGCCAGAAACUGAGGCUUUUAUGCAAAAUGUUCCCGCUUUUAAAAAUUGGCAAUUGGCUCAAAUUUAUAUCUAGAGGCACGUUUGGCCUGUCUCUAAGUUCAUGAGCUGACUUUAGGACUCAAGCUGCAUUAAAGUAAUAAACGUGUUAACAGGUUAUAUUCUUCCAGCCCUAUUCCCUGGCUCCCAAGCUCUAAGAUAAAGAUGCUUUUUUUAUCUUGAAAACUUGAGGCUUUUGGAAUCAGGGAGAGAGAGAGAGAGAGAGAGAGAGAGAGAGAGAGAGAGAGAGAGAGAGAGAGAGAGAGAGAGAGAGAGCGCGCACAGGCGAGCAAGCGGGAGCUGUUGACAUCUCUCUGCUUUGCUUUUGGACCAUCUGCCUGUGCAGGUUCAGCAGCUGAACUGAUGCCAUUUCACUCAAAUGGAUCUUUCCUCUUUGCCCACAGCCUUCUAAAAAGCCCUGCUUCCUUCUGAAGCCUUUGCUAUAAGGAGGAGUCCAAACCUUUGUGGUGCUUGCUGCUCCUUCUCCCCUCCGUUGGGUUCUAGACACUCUCAGGAAGAGCAACCUUAGAGGAUGAGGCUUUUCUUGUGGGGGCUGAUCAGGGUGGAUGCAGGCCUCACAGGUGUUCGGCAGGUGCUAUGCCACAGAGUGACAAGCUACAGCCCCCAAAAAUGAGGCUUUUGAGUGGACGAGACUCUACUGACUAUAAUGUUCAUUUGUUUCCCAAACCAGGGUUCCAAGUCAGGCUUUGGCAGUUCUGUGAAUGUUGACAUCCACUUCCAUUUUAAAAUAUCUGAACGGUGAUCUUAAAAUGUAUGCUCAGGUGCAUUGGGCAUCAGCUUUCUUCUUAGGUUUUUAAAAAUUCUAUUUUAUUUUUACUAACAGGUAUUAAUUGUACAUAUUAUUGGUGUUCAGUGGAAUAUUGCAAUACAGGUAUAUAGUGUGCAGGAAUCAAAUUCAGCCUCCCAUAACCACCCCCUCCAUCCAACCUUCCUGACCUCUAGUAACCCUGCACUGCACUCAGCACAUUUAUUUUAUUCUUUUAACUUCCAUACAUGAGAGAGAAUAUGCAGCACUUGACUUCCUGUUUGGCUUGAUUCACUUAACACGAUGUCCUCCAGUUCCCCCAUCUUCACCCAAAUAAAAGAAUUUCAUCCUUC